AUGUUGUUCUCAAUUUUAAGAUCAUAUGGUACUGCUGUUAUUCUCAACAACAACAACAACAAGAACAAGUUUCCUUCUCUAACUCGUUUUAUUUCAUCAUCAAUAGUAUAUCCUGACUUUGAUUAUGAUCCGCUGUUGAUCGAAUUGGAUGCUCUUGAUGUGUACUAUGACUUGAACUAUAAUGGUGUCACUUCCAUAUCCGAUUAUAACCGUGUUUUCUCUACCCUUACUAGAAUAGGGGCUUUCCCCACUGUUUUGAAGUUAAUCAAAGAAUUGGAAAAACCAUUCGGAAUCAAGGAACUUUGUCAUAGACCUAUUGUUUUCCCAGACGUUCAUACUUGGGAUAUCCUCAUCGAAUGCCACAGUAAACGAGGUUUUCGUGACAAACAUGAGAUUCAUAAUGCAUUGCUCUUUUACAAUGGUAUCAUACUUAAAAAGGGUUUUCAGUUGAACGAUGAAAGUUAUUAUAUUCUAAGCAAUGGAUUAUGUGAGAUAGGAGAAACUCAAACAGCAAUCCAGUUGUUGAGAAAGGCACUAGAGAUUGACAAGAAACCAAAAUAUCGCAUUUCUAAUUUCAUGUGGUGUUAUAAUUCAAUUAUAUUCAGACUCUGCAAAGAUAGACUUGUUAACCAAGCCUAUGAAUUAUAUUCUGAAAUGAUUUAUGUUAACAACAUCAAGCCUGGUUGUCACACAUAUAGACAUCUAAUCUAUGGUUAUUGCAUCCUCGGUCAAUUUAAAGAAGCACUUCGCUUCUUUAUUGAAUUCGAGGCAUCAAAAACCUUGUCUCCAACCCAUCCUACUUUAGUUACCGAAGGAGAGGUGAGAUCUGCUAAAAGUGUAGCAGCUAUGAUGAUAAAAGGUGGUGUCAAACCUAACGUUGCUAGUUACCACUCAGUUAUUGAUGGACUAUACAAAAGCCAAGGUGGAUCAAGAAGUGUUGUCAUGGAUAAGAUUGCACAAAAGGUCGAAACGUUGCUACUUUCCAAACCUAGCAUGCUUACUGUUAAUUAUGAUUGA